GCGGUGCAGGGAGAGCUCCGGCGUGCGCGAAGCUGACGCUGGGCCGGGGACCCAAGGAGCUUCCCGGUUGGGCUGGCGUCUCCCCGGCUCCCCUGCUCGUGGUGUUCCUCCUGUCCAUCCUGCUGGACCCAGCCCUCCUGCUGCGCCACGAGCCCCAGGCUCUUCCCACCACUGAAACGAAGCCACGUCUAAAUAUGAAGUUCGACCCGUGGAACAUGACGCUAAGUUGGGACUGCCGAGAAGACGUCAUGGGCAUGGAGUGUGAGAUGAUUCACAAGGAAGAAGGACGCAUUAAAAAAAAGCUCGAGCCGAUGGACUGUGAGUGCUCCUUUGAGGACUACACUCUGCACCUGGGGGUCACGCUGGUCCUGACCGUCAACACCAGCCACGGGGAGGUCAAGGAAGAAUUGCCGUACACCAACCCAGGCAAGGAGGGCACCGCGGCCCAGAACUUCUCCUGCUUCAUCUACGACGUGGAAUUCAUGAACUGCUCCUGGGCCAAGGGUCCAGCCGCCCCUGACGACGUCCAGUACUUUCUGUACAUGCAGCUCUCGCAGCACCCAAACGGGAGGGAGUGUCCUCUUUACGUGGACGCCUCGGGGACACACGUGGGGUGUCACCUCCACGACCUUUCGGGCCUGGGGAGCUCCAGUUACAUCCUGCUCAACGGGACCAGCCGAAGAACCGGAAUCCAGUUCCUCGAUUUGAGUCUCGAGACAAAGGAAAUAGAAGUCUACACUGUGCCCCACAACAUCUCUGUGACCUGCAACGCCUCCCACUGCAACGUCAGCUGGGGGCAGCCCAGGACUUUCCGGAAAAUGACCACCUGGGACUUCCUGUACCAGCUGGACAUCUGCAGGCUGGGAGACUCGAAGAACGACGAAGAGAUGCUGAUCGAUGUGCCCUUGGACUUGGGGCGCAAGUACGAAUUCCCGAGCCCCGAGCCCCGAGGCAGGCACAGCGUGAGAGUGCGGUGGGCGAACAUACGCUUUGGGCCCUGGAGCGCCUGGAGCGCGCCCGUCCACUUCGGCAGUGAGCAGCAGGAGACCAGCCCCGUGUUCCUGUACCUGGCCAUCAUGCUGGGCACCCUAGUGGGCGCCGUCCUGCUUGGCCUCCUCUUUAACAGGGUGCUGGGGCGCUGCCGCCUGUUCCCGCCCGUGCCCCGCAUCAGGGACAAGUGGACUUGCACCCCCGCCGACCAGCAGAUUUCCUGGGAGGCGCUGACGAAGGGUGCGGGCAAAGGCGACGUCGAGGACGUGCUGACCGUGCAGGAGGUGACCGCAGCCCACGCGGCACCCUGAGCGCCCCAACCCCCCCAUUCC